AUGUUCAACUACCAAGCAAUAUCCCAACCCACAGACACAUCCACGCGUCGUGGAGCUUUUAUAGUAUUCGAAGGGUGUGAUAGGGCAGGGAAAUCGACUCAAGCCGCUAAACUUGUAGAAUAUUUACAAAAUCGGCAUAAACAACCAUUAAAAAACGAUGAAACUUCUAUUGCCAGCAAUUUGAAAGUAAGUGAAACUAUGACGAAUAAUUCUAAUGAUUCUGAAGUGGCGCGUUUAUGGAAAUUUCCUGACCGCACAACACUUAUUGGGAAAAUGAUUGACGCGUACCUCAAAAAAACUAAAGACUUAGAUGACCAUGUUGUGCAUUUAUUGUUCUCGGCUAAUCGUUGGGAAUGCAUGAACGUCAUCAAGAAUAUCUUGAUGAGUGGUACCACCCUCGUAGUUGAUCGAUACGCGUACUCUGGGGCAGCAUUCUCCGCAGCAAAAAAAGAUCUUGAUAUUAAUUGGUGCAAAUCGCCAGACAUCGGGUUGCUUACGCCCGAUAUUGUAUUCUUUAUGGAUCUGGAACCGGAAGAAGCGGUCAAACGUGGUGGAUAUGGAAAGGAACGAUAUGAGAAUCUAGAAUUUCAAAAGAAAGUUCGAAAGGUUUUCUUGGAUUUGAAGGAUUCUUCUUGGAAGAUAUUGGAUGCACGUCAAACGAUUCCUGAACUCCAUCAACAAAUAAUCGAAACUGCAGAAGAAGUGAUAAAAAAAUGCGAAUCAAUACCUUUUAGUGAAAAUUUAUGGAAGAAUAUACUAUAG